UGGGCUUACUUGGUCAAAACCCCAGAGGGCAAUGGCCCUCCGUGCUGGGCUGGUCCUGGGACUGCACACCCUGAUGACCCUCCUCUGUCCCCAGAAAKCAGGGGCCAUCAAGGCUGACCACAUGGGCUCCUAUGGACCAGCCUUCUUCCAGUCUUAUGGUGCCUCGGGCCAGUUUACCCACGAAUUUGAUGGAGACCAGCUGUUCUCUGUGGACCUGAAGAAUGGGGAGGUUGCAUGGCAACUGCCUGAGUUUGGCGAUUUCACACACUUUGACCCACAGAACGGACUGGCCAGCAUCGCCAUCAUCAGAGCCCAUCUGGAUGUCCUGGUGGAACGCUCCAACCGCACCAGAGCCACCAGCGUGCCUCCAAGGGUGAUGGUCCUCCCCAAGUCUCGAGUGGAGCUGGGUGAGCCCAACAUCCUCAUCUGCAUCGUGGACAACAUCUUCCCUCCUGUGAUCAAUGUCACCUGGCUGCGCAAUGGUCAGACCAUCACCGAGGGAGCGGCCCAGACCAGCUUCUAUGCCCAGCCCGACCACUUGUUCCGCAAGUUCUCUUACCUGACCUUCGUGCCCUCAGCAGAGGACRUCUACGACUGCAAGGUGGAGCACUGGGGCCUGCCGGAGCCGCUCCUCACGCACUGGGAGCCCCAGGUGCCUGUCCCACCACCAGACACCACAGAGACCCUGAUUUGUGCCAUGGGCCUGGCCAYUGGCCUGAUGGGCUUCCUCAUGGGCACCAUCCUCAUCAUCACAGGGACAUGCAUGUCCAGUGCCCCCAGGUAACAACCCUUCUGAGACAGACUGUGGGAGACAACGUAUGGAUUCCUCGCAGAUUUCUGACAGCUUUUGUAUCCUCAGCGCCACAGCGUACGAAGCACCCUGAAUGGCAUCAACCUCUGUCCCUGAAGUCCCCUCCUUUCUGACCUCAGCACUUACACCUGUGGGGCACAGCCACUCCCCUUCCUACUCCAACACAAACACACACCUUGCUCUGCCCAAAGCUCUGACUAGCAGCACCAAAUUCUUCAGUGGUGUUGGCCCUUAUUCUUUUUACCAGAUCUUGGCCAGUACUCCCAGGGUGUGCGGGACACUGGGACCUGAAGAGUGCAUCCGAGUGAGGACACACUGGGGAUAGUCAUUCUGUCUGGUCCAGCUGGGUCUUGCUCCCUUGGGGCCUUCCACAAGGACUUCAUGAAAUUCRCCUCCUGAAUUCAGAUUUCCCUGAGAGGGAUACAGAGUAUCCUGUGCAUUGCAAGGCCCUCAAAAAYGUCAGUCCUGAAGGGCACUGGGAGAGGAAAGGUUCCUGGGGCUUCUACCUGUCUGGCCAUCCUCUGUAGAAGAGGCCACUGGUGUACCUAUGGUCUACAAUGUCAUUUCCUUUUUCUACAUUCCCUAUAGCCUCAGGCAUGACAAAGAAGCAUGCAAAACUUAGA